AUAUUUUCGUGGCACUGUAGCUCGAACAAGGAUACAGUAAAAUGUAGGAAGAUAUAAUUUCUACCUACUUCAAGCGGUUUUGAUUUUGGCAACAGCUUUUUAACGCGGUAUAGUUUUGCAUACCUACUGUAAUAGAAUUUUGGUUUUCAAUAGGCAGCGUGGUACAUUACGAAUAAAAGAAAAUAUGAACAUGUAGGUAAACAGACUACAGUAAUAAAAAGGGUAGGCAGUUUGCAUUCUUGUCACUUAGUUUAUUGCCGAUAAGGUGAAUACUAUCCAAUACCACACUUGACUUUGUGACAGCGUAGCUAGUUAAGUGAAGUUUCAAGAUUCUAAAAACCAAUGGAAAUGAUGAACUCAUCAAUUGUGCAACCGGUGGUAGUGUCUAUUGUAGAACGUAUUGAUUUAAGGACUAUUCCUUUGCAUGCCCUAGGGCAUCGCACUUUUCAGUUAUUAUCGGCACUGCUAAACAAAAAAAAGAUAUUUAAAUCGGAGGAAGGCUACUGUCGUGAUUGGCGAGGCUUGUUUCAAGUUCUUCGCCUAGAAAAUCAGUACGUGUCCGAACUAGAGAACAAUGCUAAUCCUACAAGGCGAGUUAUUGAUCUCUGGCAAGAGGCAGCUGAGAAUGCGAAAAUUGCACCCAAUUUAAUGGAACUUCAAGAAAUUCUCGGUAAAAUUGAUCGUUGGGAUGUCCGGGAUAGCAGCAAUAAGUUUAUCUAUGAAGAUGCAGAGGUUUUUUUGACACAGUGCCAAAGAAUAAGAAGCCGGGAAAGCGAUGCCAGUGGAAAUAAGAUUCUAGACGAAUUUCGUGGUACCGAUGAAGAUAUCAUCACCGUAGAUGACACCUAUAAUCAUAAGCAAUUCUACGAUGCAUUCGUUUUGUUUGCCGAUGCUGAUGUUGAAUUUGCUACAAAAAUGAUUGAACGGUUAGAAGAAAAACAGUUGAAGAUUUGUGUUAAAGAUCGAGAUUUUCUUGCGGGAAUCAGCUUUGAACAUGAAGCAAUUAUACGCCUUAUAACCGAGCGCUGUCGUCGUUUGCUGGUGAUCAUUUCAAAAGAAUUUUUGAGAAGUCCCUUGAACGAAUUUUUUGUCACAUUUACACAAGCUUUGCAAAUAGAACAGAAGAAGCGUAAAAUUAUACCUUGCGUGUACGAGCGUUUGGAACUGCCAGCAAAUUUAAAAUUUCUACAUGUGUUGGACUACAAACGAUCAAAUAAACUGUACAACUUCUGGGAUAAAUUGGUGGAUGCCAUUAAGGUGAACGUAGAACCAACAGGGUCGCAUUCGCGGACAGAAACCAAAUCUGUGGAUUGUACCACAGAGCAUGAAUCUAACAUUAGUGAUGCUUUCGUAGCCGUAUCUAAAAAUGGUUUAUCAUCAAGUUCAGAUUUAAACAAAUUAAAUGUUUCACAAUCCAAUAAAAAGUCUCACUCGUCUUGCGACAUAUCUAGCACAUCCAAACAAAAUCCAGGUUAUGUAAGCAGUACAGAACUCACAUCAAUGCCAGAAAUUGGCACGUAUGAACAAAAGAAACGGAAGUGGUAUUCAAAGUUAGGUCUAUCUUCAGAGAGUCGUAAAAUGGUGGAAGUAACAACAUCUGAUAAACACAAGAAAAACAAAAGUAAAUGGUAUAAACCGAGUAAAAAGGUUGCAACGGCACUGUUAUAUUAAUAGUUAUAAAGCACGAUUCAUUUGUUAUUUAU